AUGUGGGACGGUGUGAAACGGUUGGCCCGGAAUCGGAUCUUCAUGUUUCAUUUGGUGGGCGGUGUGUUUCGGUACAUAGGGUUUGGCGGCUAUUAUAUCAAUAAAAUUAAAUACAUUGAGUCUCAGUUCCGGUACACGAGCUCAGGGGCCAGCUUUAUCACCCGUGCCACAAGCGUACUGCCCAUGGCUGUGGGAAUUCUACUAGGUAGUUUAAUGAUCAAGUAUUUUAAACCCCGACCAUUUCGGCUCGUGGUAUACAUGUUUGUGGUCGAGUGGUUUACCAACGGUGCGUUUUUUGCGCCCAUGUUCAUCGGCUGUCCGCCCCUUACCCUCCCCUCUACUCUCACCAUUAAUAACCAGUUUUCGUUAAGCGCACGAUGUAAUAUGGGCUGCGAUUGCACGACCAGUGUGUUCACCCCUAUAUGCGGGUCAGACAAAUCUACCACAUAUUUUUCACCAUGCUACGCCGGCUGCCAUACAAUAGACAGAGUGGCCAAGAGAGUAUCGGGCUGUUCGUGCAUCAAAGCAUUCAUACCGUAUCCGUUGAUAUUCGGUGCUGUCGUGGACUCGGCGUGUAUGGUAUGGGAGAGUAAGUGCGGUAAAACCGGUAACUGUUGGUUGUAUGACCAGGAUAAAUUUCGGUAUAUGUUGCACGGGGUGGCCCUCCUAUUUGUGUGCGUCGGCUCUGUGUUUGAUUUGGGAAUUGUUUUGAACGCUAAAAGUAUUAAAAAUUUUUACGACGACUCGACCGCCGAUGAAGAGACUGAUCCCAAGAGUGAUGAUAAAAACCAUAUGCUUAUGACGGCUACCGCUCUCAAUACUACCGGUGCUGACAAUCGGGACAGUGAUUAUGAAACUGCUUAUAAAGUGGAUGUUUGA